GUGUGCGCGCUCUGCUGCGCAGACGAGGGGGGGAGGGGGGGGGGGGGCGCGAGUGACGUCACGGGAACGUAUCUGAGUGGACGCACCGGGGGGCACGAGACACCUCGCGCGCGGCAGACCCGCUGCAGGUGGACACGCUGUCCUACAAAGUAAUAGAAACACAAUUGAACGGGCACUUAGUCGAUUGGGAACUGAUUGAAGGAUGUCAGCUGUAUAGAGAGUGUAAAUGAAGCUUCAUGUCUCUAAAAGGGCCAGUAAACACAGUGUACCCCCCCCAACCACCAUCCACACACACACACACACACACACACACACACAUGUAUUUACAAGGUCCCUUUUCUGACAUCCUCACAGUUAGCAGAGUAAAUAAAAAGGGAAGUUAGUCAAUCUUCGCUCUGGAGGAAGAGAAGCAGGCACAUCACAGAGCGAGAGGCCGGUCGGUUGACAGUCACACAGAGGUUAGGAGACGAGAAGGAGAAAGGAAGCCAAAAGGAAGAGAGCAGGUUGACUGAGGAAGGAAGGUCAGAAGAUCACAACAACAACAACAACGAAACGAGCAGGAGGAGAAAGAAGAUGGCUGGACGAGAGGCCCAGUGCUGCUGGCUGCUGUUCACACUCUCUCUGAAAGGUAUUCUUGCAGGUGAUUGGUCGGUCCGUCUCCCCUCCAGUCCCAUCUGUGCUGUGAUUGGUUCCUCUGUGGUUCUCCCUUGUUCCUAUGACUACCCCCAAGGUUCCAGUGAAACCAAGGAAGAGGGGCAGCUCUCUCCUCAGGGAGGAGGAGGAGGACAGUACAACGUCUCGUCUGAGAUGUGGUGUCUCGAGGACAGUCGCUGCAUAACAUCAAGCUACGUCUUCCACAGUGCCGGUAUCUUCCCACAUCCAUCCUACCGGAACAGGGUGGAGUACCUGGGGCAACCGGGGACCAAAAACUGCACCCUGAGGAUCUCCGACGUGAGGGAGUCGGACAGCGGAGCGUACGUGUUUUACCUCGUCACCAGCCACCCGACACAGAAGAUGCCAGAGCAGAGCGGUAUACAGCUCCUGGUGGCAGACUCCUCCGGUGGCGUCACGGUGUCCGCGAGUCCCUCCAGUGACAUCACGGAGGGCGGAGCCUUACGUCUGGCCUGCUGCGGCCCCGCGGCCGGUCCACGGGCAACCUUCAGGUGGUACAAGAGCGCGAGCAACGGCCUGAGACACGCUGGACAGGUGUGGACCAUCGACGAGGUUACCUCUGAGGACUCCGGCAGCUACUACUGCCAGAUAGACACCGGAGACAACGUGCAAAACUCAACGCAGCUGCACAUUGACGUGGAGUAUUCUCCUCGAAACACAGCUGUGUCCGUCUCUCAGCCGCAGGGCGGGCUUCCUGCCACUCUCACCUGCAGCAGUGACGCUAACCCGCCUGUCCGCAUGUACACCUGGUACCAGGGUGCAGCGUGCCUCCCUGCAGCAGACAGGAGCUCCCAUCGAGCGGGGCAAAGCCCGGCUGCGCCCACGGGACGGGGCCCGACACUCAGCAGCGCCAACUUCACCGCCGAGCAGUACGGGCAGCACUGCUGCGCGGCACGCAACAGACACGGAUCUCAGUACGAGAGCAUAACCCUGGCGGGUACCAAAGUUACGACUUCGUUCAAGUCUUCAGGAAGCAGGCUGCUGCUUAUCGGGUUGACCAUCGCUGUCCUACUGGUUAUUAUGGCCAUAGUGGCCUAUUGCACGACAAGGAGACGGAAGUCCUCCGGACGCCAGUCGUAUGUCCUCACUGAGACAACUGAUGCAGCACCUUAAGGACCUUUGUUUGUUUACUCCUUAAAGUAACUCAGCAUAGUUAGAAACCCCUUUAGACACUCCUGUGUGUUUACCUCAUGUUGCCAAGUAAACCCCGAUGAUACGAGCAGACACUGCGUAAAAAUAAAAAAGACUGUUACCGUGACGACCCGAAGAUCGGCCAACUAGGACCCGAUCCUGAAACACUUCAUUCCUGGAUUCCUGAACACUUUAAGGCCUAAAUGGUUCAUUUGCUUUUGGGAUAAACUAAACGCCGCUGUCAGGACUUAACCAAGCGAUCUUGUGCACCCAGUUCUGUAUAACCCAUGUCAAGAAACAGCUGUUGCUGGAAGCUCGAUGAUGAUGAUGAUGAUGAUGAUGAAGACGAUGACGGAAAAACACCGUCGUGAGGAUCCAAUUAGAAGCAGUUUGCGGUUGGGACGGGGCCUCGUCUGUGUGCGUUUGAGUAAACUCUUCCGUGUGAUAAGGCUCUAGAAAGAUAAUGGCCAGAGCCCGAGGACGACGACCAGGAGGACAGUGACUCUGAAGUCCAUUUAUAAAACAUCUCAUUAGUCUAUUUUUAAAAAUGUUUAUGUCAUAUUAAAGUGAGCUAUGAGUAAAGUGGUGCACACGUAAAGUAAAGAAGAAAGUGCUAAAAUGUUCAAAUAUUUAAAGAGACAGUUUCACAUAAUGUACACAUCAAUUGGAAGGUGCAUUUACUGGACACAUUUUUUACAUUUAUUUUUAGGAGAACCUCUACAUAUUGUAAUGCCACUGAUUUCAUCAUAAAUACGAUAUUCAUAUCAUUUUAAAGCUGUUUUGUCACCUGAGAUCUCUUCUCAAUUAGGAUUUCAUCACAAUAAUUCCUGAUACAGUCUGACUGAAAACAUUUACAGCAACAACACCUUCACGAUGGAAUAUUAUUCACAGUAUUCAAUUAAUAAAAAACAUAGUUUUCUUGG